AGGGUUGAAAAGUUCAGUGCUAAUAUAGAGUAUAAAAGGACACAUUUGAAGUUAAGGGGAAUGGUAAGCAUCAGAUAUUUGCUUUGGAUCCGUCUCUAUUUUCUUCCCAGCAUGUGGUAAAGUGUGUGAAUAUUAUCAGCACACGAAGCUGGCAAUGUUCUCGUUUCUGAUUAUUGCUUUUUUUGUACCCUAAGGGCUAAUAUAAUGUUGUAGCUGCACAGUCAGCCUCACAAAUCUCCUGUCAGGCAUUAACAGCAGCCCACAUUACUGGUAGUAAUAACACAACGGCGCCUACACCAGUUUAUCCCCUCCAGUCGACGAUAAUAAUGACACACAAACAUCUCCUAUAUCUCCAUUCAGUUGCACUGCCUGAGGAAGCUGCUGUGCAGGGAGCUGUUAUAGCAGGUGAUCGUCCUUAUUUGGUAAUGGCCCAGAUCAUGUGACCACAAAAUGGUGGAAGCUGUGAGCUGUUUGUAAGCUGAGCAUCUCCACCAAGAGGCUGGGAGAAAAAGGAAACAGGCAGGGAACUUGGAAGUGCAUCCAUGCACUGAGACGCAAGAGGACACGAGAUACCCGAGCCCCAGCAGUGGUCCUCCUGGGGAUGGACCUGGCAUCAGAGAGUAAAAUGAACUCUGAGAGUGCCGAAGGCAGACCAGUCCCUCCUACCUCUCUACCCCUGCAAGGAGGUCCCAGCCAAAGGAAAAAGCUAUCUGCCCCUCGCAUCAGCCUAUCGCUGGACCAGAGCGAGGACGACUUGGGGGAGACACCAGAUGAUCUCGACAUUAACGUGGACGACCUGGACACUCCUGAUGAGGGGGAUUACCUCGACUACACGGACCAUGAAAUGGACUGGGAAGACCCCAAUCCAGCCAAUAGGAGCGGGACAAAUGAGCCUUACAAUCCCAUCCCGACGUACAGCGCUGAGGAGGAGCGCCAGGACGGCAAACUAUGGAGGACGGUCGUCAUCGGGGAGCAGGAGCACCGCAUCAACAUGAAGAUCAUUGAGCCCUACAUGAGAGUCAUCUCCCACGGAGGCUACUAUAGCAACGGAGUGAAUGCCAUCAUAGUGUUUGCUGCCUGCUUCCUGCCAGACAGCGACAGCGAGGACUACCAUGAGAUAAUGGAGAACCUCUUCCUCUAUGUGAUCAGCACACUGGAGCUGAUGGUGGCAGAGGACUACAUGAUUGUGUACCUGAAUGGAGCCACGCCCCACAGAAGAAUGCCUGGCCUUGGCUGGUUGAAGAAAUGCUAUCAGAUGAUUGACAGAAGGCUCAGGAAGAAUUUGAAAUCCUUCAUUAUUCUCCAUCCAUCAUGGUUUAUCAGGACCAUUCUAGCCAUAACCAAGCCCUUCAUCAGCACCAAGUUCAGCAGUAAGAUUAGGUAUGUGAACAGUUUGGACGAACUGCAGGAAUCCAUCCCCAUGGACUGCAUCCAGAUCCCAGAGUGCAUCAUUAGACUUGACAAGGAACUGAAGGUAGCAGCAGAGAACUCAAAACGGAAUAGUUUUCUGCUGGGACCGGAGCCAACAGCAGUAGGCAGAACAGAACCAGAUGCAGCCGGUGCCAGCAGCUCUUAAACCCAAACAUCCUAAAUGGAUGGGUCACCUCAAUGUUCUGAAGUCACUGUUGUAUUGUACGGGUGAAGCUGGAAAACAAAGUCAAGGCUUGUUAAGGUAACGUGUGUGUGUGUGUGUGUGUGUUUGCCAAUUAGACACUGGAGUUUAAAAUGAAAAAAACAACUUGCAAUAGUUCCUGUUAAAACUCAAGAGUUAGAUCUCAUUCUUUAUGACUGCUGUAGUAUCUACUGUACCUUUACACCUGCAAAACCAGAGAACUAUAUAGUCAAGUGUGAUGCUUGGCAGCACCUACAGAGUAGCAUUGUCGUUCACGGUAGGGUAGGAAAAGCAAUUACACACCAGACAGUGCACUGCGCAAAUCCAUUUGUAGAGUCUAUAGUGUUGUAGUUGUGUGCAUGAGAAGCAGUGAAGCAAUAAUAUCACCCUUUACUGGUCACACACUCUCAGUAUUUCAGAUAAAGAGGCGACUUGUGUGUCAGCAAUCUACAAUAAAAGCACAUGGUGUGGCCAAAAAAAAACCUUGUGCCAUAGAUGACCAACUACUGCAUUUAAGCAAUCCACUCCUCUGUCUUAAUACUUGUUCUAAAACUAGAAAAAAAAUCUACAAAUAGAUAUUUGAACUUUAUAGAGUUUAUCUGAAACCAAGGAGGAUAAAGUUAAACAUGAAACCAAGUUAUAAGUGCAAUGUGAGAGCAUGUAUUUUUAGCUCUGCAAAUGUGUGUGUGAGUGUGUUUUCAAUCUGUUUGUCAGAUACAUAAACUGGAAAUCAUCCCUGGAGCUUCUCCUGAAUCAUCAGGAAGAAACCUCAGAGUGAAUAAAAGAUGGGAUUUCUGUAAAGCACAAUAUCUUCUAUGUGUGUGUGUGUGUGUUUGUGCAUCAGUGCAUGUCCCCUCAUAGAUAACCAAUUGUCCUCUUACCCAUGAGUCUUCUUCUAUGGUGUGUUGAGGAUGUGCAAGGAAAUGAUGGAUCACUGUCUAGUAAUUCAAUAAAAAUGGACUGAAGUCUGAA